AUCACAAAACAGGGGGUGGGAGUGGCUUGAUGAACUGAACUGGAUCACAUAUUUCAAAGUUUACUAAAAACCACUUAGCUUGGCAAGUGUAGAGUAUAUCAAAGAGAAGAAACAAUAGAGCGAGCAAGAGAUGACUGGAAAAGGCAAAUGCUCUUAGCAAAGAACAAAACCUACCCGAAAGUGAGCCCAGUCUAUGCAACUCCAGAACAAUUUUCAGAGAGACAGUGCUCCAGGGAGAAAGGAAACUAAUAAAGCAGCACAGUGAGAUGCUGGGAAUUACUGAGGUUUCAGUCUGUCUGAUUGUGUUUCUUCUGAUUGCGCAGUUUCUGAAGUUGCAAUGGAGAUGUAGCCGGCUUCCUCCUGGACCAACUCCCCUACCAAUCAUUGGCAACUUAUUGCUGCUGGACUUCAAACUUCACCGAGAUAAUCUUGUUAAGUUAACCAACAUCUACGGCAACAUCUACACAGUAUGGAUGGGAGAGACCCCCAUCGUGAUACUGAAUGGAUUUCAAGCUGUAAAAGAUGGUGUUGUCUCCCAUUCAGAAGAGAUUUCUGGACGGCCUCUCUCCCCCUUCUAUAGGGAUAUGAUGGGAAACAAAGGCAUUUUCCUGACAAGUGGUCACACCUGGAAGCAGCAGAGACGCUUCGUGAUGACAUUUUUAAGGAGCCUGGCACUGGGUAAGAGAACCCUGGAGCACCGAAUACAAGAGGAGGCCAGACACAUGGUUGAGGUCUUUGCAAGUCACAAAGGGAAACUUUUUGACCCCCAUAUCCACAUGAUCCACGCUAUCGCAAACGUGAUUUGCUCUGUGAGUUUUGGUCAUCGCUUCUCUAGCGAGGAUGAUUCUUUCAACCGGCUCAUCAAAGCCAUCUCUUCUAUAUUCUCUUUCAUCUUCUUAUUGCUCUGGGAGUUGUAUGAUGUGUUCCCAUGGGUUAUGCAUUAUCUCCCAGGACCUCACCAGAAAGUGUUUGCAUACAAUGAUUUUAUGCACAAUUUAGUUAGAAAUGAGAUCCGAAGUCAUGAGGAGAGAUGGAAAGCAGAUGAUCCACAGGAUUUCAUUGACCUCUACUUGGACCAGAUAGCAAAAACCAAAGAUGACCCCACCUCCACCUUUAAUGAAGAUAACAUGGUUCAGAGUGUGGUUGAUCUUUUGGUGGGAGGGACAGAAACCACAACUACCUCUCUGUGCUGGGCUCUCCUCUAUAUGCUGCAAUACCCAGAUAUCCAAGAGAAAGUCCAGAAGGAGCUAGAAACUGUUCUGGAACCUUCCCAGCUAAUCUACUACGAGGACCGGAAUAAACUGCCGUACACAAAUGCUGUGAUUCAUGAGACUUUGCGUUACAGCAACAUUACUGCUGUCGGGACCUUUCGACAAUGUGUAAAGGAUACAGCAGUGCUGGGGGUUCCCAUUGAAAAGAACACAAUUGUAUUGCCAAACUUACACUCUGUUGUAUUCGAUUCUGAACACUGGGAGACCCCAGGGAAGUUUAACCCAAAUCACUUUCUUGAUUCUGAUGGCAACUUUGUAAACAAUGAAGCAUUCUUUCCUUUUUCAGCAGGGCACCGAGUAUGUCUGGGGGAACAGAUGGCAAAAACUGAGCUCUUCAUCUUCUUUGUCACCCUGCUGCGGGCAUUUACAUUCCAGCUUCCAGAAGGAGUGAAGGAAGCCAAUAUGGACUAUAUUUUAGGGGUUAUAUUACAACCACAUCCAUAUAAGCUCCAUGCUAUUCCACGCUAGUCUGAAAUGAACCAUAAAGCGGAGGUGAUUCUUCCUUUUUAAAAUAGCCAUCCUAUACUUUAUCUUAUUAAACGAAUUUGAUCAUUCAAUAUUGUGACAAUGGCCGGAGAUGUUUUUAUUUAGGAACACAGACCUGCAAAAUUUUAACUUUUAAAAAAUAAAUGCAUUUGCCAAAAAUCAAGAGCUCUUCACUGUACACAAGUGGAAAGUAACAUCUAUUGAAAAUAUUUAUCUACACUAUUUCUAAAUGGUAAAGAUAUGGGUGAAUUAGCUAAGGUAUUUUAGAAAGUCCGCAUUACCAUGCAAAGCUUACUAGAGAUGCCGGCUCAAUGUACUAGUAAGGUGUUGAACUGUAUUUUAAAUGAGUCAAAAACAGCAGAACAUGAAAUGGCAUUAUAUGAACUGAUGAUUCAGUCCCACCUUUGCUGCACAAUUGUCUAGAUGCAAUAAAAAUGCUUAAUUUUAACUGAACUUCCAUGUACUUCUUUCUUUCAAAGUUAAUUGCACAUGUUUUUAAUCUAAGGACUAUCAAUGCACUUUUGGCACCUUUCCUUUUACUCUCUCUUGGGGAACUAGUCACAGUAAUAAAGUUAAGCAUGUGUACACCUGAAAUAUUAGGUCCUCUCAUUUCCUCUCAAAAUCACUGUUCUUUU